AUGGCAGCCAAACGGAAUAAUGUCACCACAGACGUGCCGGAAUCAUCUGUGGCGCCGGCCGAAGGAACCGCCCUCACCCUGGACACACGCGUUUCGCUUCGCGUGGAUAGUGUCAUACCCAAAAAGCGACAAGAAACGUUGAAGUGGUUUGGCUGGGGCUACAACGACUCGCAGUUCUAUGGCCAGGAUGGCAUCAUCUGUUUUCGUGGUGACAAAUACCCCUUGGGUGGAUGCGAAUUGCGGAACUUUACCAAAUGGGUGGAGAAAAAAUUCGAGCUUACUGUGGACCCCAGCAAGCCGUAUCCCCAGCUGCCGCAGACGUAUCCAAGACCCGUGGAGAAUGCGCCCUUUCUGACCGAGCUGCGGGGCAGCACCAAGGUGGAGCACUCGCUAGAAGGAAUUGACCGUCUGAUUCGAUGCCACGGCCAGACCCUGAACGACAUCUACAGCCUGUGGCACAACAAAUUCCAUCGCAUACCCGACAUAGUGGUGUGGCCACAUUGCCACGACGAGGUGGUCCAGCUGGUGCGUCUGGCCCACAAGCACAAUGUGAUGAUGGUGCCCUACGGCGGGGGCACGAGUGUAUCUGGAGCAAUCACCUGUCCGCAGGAGGAGAAGCGAACGAUUUGUGCCUUGGAUACGUCCCAGAUGAAUCGGCUGCUGUGGCUCAACCGGGAAAACCUAACCGUCUGCUUUGAAGCGGGCAUUGUGGGCCAGGAUCUGGAAAGGGUCCUGCGCGAGCAGGGACUCACGGUAGGCCACGAGCCCGACUCCUACGAGUUCAGCACCCUCGGCGGCUGGGUGGCCACCCGGGCCUCGGGCAUGAAGAAGAACGUCUACGGCAACAUCGAAGAUCUCGUGGUGCGGGUGCGCAUGGUGACCCCGACCGGAACCCUGGAGCGUGAGUGCAGUGCCCCACGCGUGAGCUGCGGCCCGGACUUUAAUCACGUCAUCCUCGGAUCGGAGGGAACGCUGGGUGUGAUCACGGAGGUGGUGUUGAAGGUGCGUCCCCUGCCAGUGGUCAAGCGCUACGGCUCGCUUGCCUUUCCCAACUUCGAGCAGGGAGUGCUUUUCAUGCGGGAGGUGGCCCUACGCCGCUGCCAGCCCGCCUCCGUCCGGCUGAUGGACAACGAGCAGUUCAUGUUCGGCCAGGCCCUCAAGCCGGAGAAGAGCUGGUGGACCAGUCUGGUGGAUGGACUGAAGCAGCGCUAUGUCACCGCCUGGAAGGGCAUCGACCUCAGCGAGAUCUGUGCCGCCACCCUGCUCUUCGAGGGUGACCUCAAGGAUGUGAAGCGGCAGGAAGCCAUCAUUUACGAGAUCGCAGCAAAGUUCAAGGGCUUUCCUGCUGGCGGACAGAACGGCGAACGUGGCUACAUACUGACCUUUGUGAUUGCCUAUAUCAGGGAUUUUGGCCUGCAUCAGGGAAUUGUGGCGGAAUCAUUUGAGACGUCGGUGCCUUGGGAUCGUUGCAGUCUGCUCUGUCGAUCUGUCAAGCAGCGUGUGGUAUCGGAAUGCCACAAGCGUCGAAUUACGUUCUACACGAUAUCGUGUCGGGUGACCCAGACCUACGAUGCCGGGGCCUGCAUCUACUUCUACUUUGGCUUUCGCUGCGUGGACGUGGCCAAUCCCGUGGCGCUUUUCGAGGCCAUCGAGCACAGUGCCCGCGAUGAGAUCCUCUCCUGCGGUGGCUCGUUGUCCCACCACCACGGUGUGGGCAAGAUCCGUAGUAACUGGUAUCGCAAGGCGGUCACCGAUACGGGCAGCUCCCUGUACUCGGCGACCAAGCGGCAUCUAGAUCCGAAGAAUAUCUUUGCUUUGGGCAAUCUGCUGCCGCUGGAGGAGGAUAUACAGAAGGCAGCAGCAUCAUCGCCAGCAUCACCAGCAUCACCACCGAAAGCCAAACUUUAGAGAAUUGUUCGUAGAGUUGUGUCCUUAGUCCUUAGUCCUUAGUCCUUGUACUAUUCUGAAUCCCAUCACUGAUUUCCUAUUAGCUUUUGUGGUUUGUGUUAUUUUUGUAACGGGCUCAUGUUUUCAAUGGGUUUUUAUAAAUAAAUGGAAUAUUUGUAACUUGUA